CUCAGGGCGCUGGAGAUAGGCGGCGCGCGGCAGCUCUGUUCGUUCGUUACCUCUCGGACGUGGCCGUCAGGGCCGAGACCUCUCGGGAGGAAGGGAGUCGGAGAUGACCACGGGUCGCAGCCGUUGCGUGGCGCUGUUCGUGCUCGUCGCCGUGGCCGCUCAAGCUGCUUCCGCCGUCGUCAGCGAUGGCCUGUUACCGAAUGGCGAUUUUGAGCAGGGUCCGGACGAGUCCCAGAUGAAGGACACCAGGGUGAUGAGUCCAAACGCCAUACCGCACUGGGAGAUCUCAGGGUUCGUGGAGUACAUCGGGUCCGGCCACACGCAGGACGACAUGAUCCUGCCGGUGCCGGAGGGCGCGCGCGCCGUGCGGCUGGGGAACGACGCGACCAUCCGGCAGGAGCUCUGCGUGAUCCGGCAGGCCUACUACUCCAUCACCUUCACCGCCGCGCGGUCGUGCGCCCAGGCCGAGGCGCUGAACGUGUCGGUCACCCCGGAUUUCGGCGUCCUCCCCAUCCAGACCGUGUACACCAGCAGCGGUUGGGACUCCUACUCCUGGGCCUUCAAGGCCAAGCACAGCACCGUGUGGCUCUCCAUCCACAACCCCGGCCACGAGGAGAACCCGGCGUGCGGACCCCUCGUCGACUUCAUCGCCAUCAAGGCCCUCCACCCUCCCCACCACGUCCAGGCAGGUAACAUGCUGAGGAACGGGGACUUCGAGGAGGGCCCGCACAUCUUCCCGGACGUGCCGUGGGGCGUGCUGGUGCCGCCCAUGUCGGAGGACCUCUACUCGCCGCUGCCGGGGUGGAUGGUGCUGUCGGACACCAAGGUCGUCAAGUACGUGGACGCGGCGCACCACGCGGUGCCGCGCGGCGCGCGCGCCGUGGAGCUGGUGGCCGGCAUGGAGUGCGCGCUGGUCCAGGAGGCGCGCACCGUGCCGGGGCGGGCCUACAGGCUCUCCUUCUCCGUCGGCGACGGGGCCAACGGGUGCGAGGGGACCCUGGGCGUGGACGUGUACGCCGGGCAGACGAGGGCGACGGCGUCGUACGAGUCCCGCGGCACGGGCGGGCACAGGCGCGUCGAGCUCGACUUCGAGGCGGCCGAGGGCCUGACGCGCGUGGUGUUCCACAGCUCCAACUACCACAUGAAGCCCGACGGGACGCUGUGCGGGCCGGUCGUCGACGACGUCUCCCUCGUGCCCGUGCACAGGCACGCCGCCCGCCGGCUGCGCAUGUAGGGCGCGUCCCAAGUGUCCUGUCCAAGUAUCCCGUAGUGCUCCCGUGAGCUUGUUUAAUUUUUGCUGUAGUUUGGAACAGGUCGUAUACGUAUACAUGGUAUGCCACUUUGGGUGGUGUGUCGGCUGUCAAGACUUGAUGUCGAACUAGACCAAGAUGAGAUGUUGAACUAGAGUUUAAAGAUGCGCUAAUUAAACGCUGAUAUUACAGCCAUGUGCCAUGUACUAUGUUAUGUUACAGGGUUUUGUACAUUUGUACUAGUAUUGUACUGGGUGCAUGCAUGCCUUGAUGCCCCUGGGCUGUGGUUCGUGUGAGCCAGUGCAAUUAGUCAA